AUGGAAAACAAUAAUAUAUCAGGAAAAAAAAUACAAAAUGAAAAAGAAUACCUCUUGGAUAUUCUAAAAGCAAAUGACUGUGAAAGUUUAAAAGAAUUACAAAAUUUAAUAAAUUUUUUAAAUAAUGAAAAUAAAAGAUUGCAUUCAUUGAACAUUGAAAAUUUAAAAAGAAUAAAUAUUUUAAGCGCAAGAAUUAACCAUUUAGAAAAUUUAACGAAAGACAAUAGCCAACAUUAUGAAUGUGAAACUAACUAUAAAUACAAGUUUAUGGAAGUACUAAGAGCAGUUAAUAUCAUCAAAAAAUAUACGAAAGAUAAGGAAAAUGAAUACAAUGAAAUGGUUAGAGAACACGAAAAAUAUUCAACUUUUUUUUUUUUAAACUUGAAUAAAAUUAUAGAUUCAAUUAUCAUCCAAAACAAUGAAAGUAAUGUCAGCAACUUGGAUGAUAUUUUGCCCACCCUAAACUCUCACACUAAAAAUAAUGAAAGAAAUUAUUCCCAUGAUAAGACAAAAAUGAAUAGAUUACAUUCAUCACCCAAUUUAUAUCAUCACAGUUUUAAAAAUUUUGACAACUAUUGGCAAUGUCUUAGCGUAAAUGAUAAUAAUAGGAUGGGAAAUGCUGGGAACGCUGUAAAUAAUCAACAUUUAGAGCCUCUUGAUUGUGGUAUAUACAAAGAAAAUCGUAAAUCCUCAAAAGGUGAAAUAAAAAAAACCACGAAAAAGAAAUCCGAACAAAAUAUAAGUAAUGGCAUAACAUAUCAUUUGCAAAGUCGCGGAUGUUCUAAUGAAAUAGAAUUAAAAAAUAAAUUACAUUCCAAUUAUCAUAGUCCAUUUCAUAAAAAUUUAGAGAGGAAUGAUGAGAAAGAAAUAUAUAAUACAAAAUUCGAAAAAAUGAAAAGUUUACGUGAGUCUUAUAAAAACACAGAUAAUGAAUUAAUUAGUUCUGAGGACAACAUAAAUAAAAAGAAAAAAAAAAAAAAUUUUGAAGCAGAAAAUCAGAUAAACAAAAUGGUAAACUAUAAUUAUGAGUUAAAAAAUAUAGAUAUUAAAAAUACUAGAAAAGACGAUAUUGUUGUAUCUGAAUAUAAUUUAAAUAAAGACAUAAACUCACCAAAAGAAAACAUAAUCAACAUUUUAAAUAAAAAAAAAAAUAUUACUCCAAUCAAAGAUAUAGGAAAUCUUACACCAAAAUACGUUAAAUAUAAUACACUUCACCGCGAAAUUGUGAACCCUCGUCAACGAUAUUCUCGACAAAAAACAAGAUCAAUAGAUCAUAUUAUAUGCUUAUAA